AUGAACAGAGGUAGCUUGUGUCCUAAUCCCAUCUCCCUCCCUCCUCCUGAGCAAUCCAUCUCCAAAUUCCUAACACAGAGUGGAACGUUCAAGGAUGGAGACCUUCAAGUGAACAAAGAUGGAAUCCAGACAGUAUCUCAGUCUGAGCCUGGAGCUCCACCUCCUGUUGAGCCAUUAGACAACCAGUUGAGUUUAGCGGAUCUAGAAGUGAUCAAAGUCAUUGGCAAAGGAAGCAGUGGUAGUGUUCAGUUGGUUAAACACAAACUAACUCAACAGUUUUUCGCACUUAAGGUUAUUCAGUUAAACACAGAAGAAUCGACAUGCAAGGCAAUUUCUCAAGAGCUGAGGAUAAACUUGGCCUCGCAAUGUCCAUAUCUAGUCUCAUGUUAUCAAUCUUUCUACCAUAACGGUCUCGUUUCAAUCAUCUUGGAGUUCAUGGACGGAGGAUCUCUUUUGGAUUUGUUGAAGAAAGUCGAGAGAGUUCCUGAAAACAUGCUCGCUGCCAUCUGCAAGCGAGUACUCCGAGGGUUGUGCUAUAUUCACGAUGAGAGAAGAAUCAUUCAUAGGGACUUGAAGCCUUCCAACUUGCUAAUCAAUCAUAGAGGUGAAGUCAAGAUCACAGACUUUGGUGUCAGCAAGAUCUUGUCUAGCACAAGCAGUCUAGCUAAUACUUUUGUGGGCACACACUACUAUAUGUCGCCAGAGAGAAUCACUGGAAAACUAUAUGGGAACAAGAGUGAUAUAUGGAGCUUGGGACUGGUUCUGCUCGAAUGUGCAACGGGUAAGUUUCCGUAUACUCCUCCUGAACACAUGAAGGGAUGGACUAGCGUCUAUGAGCUAGUUGACGCUAUUGUUGAAAACCCGCCUCCUCGUGCACCUUCCCACCUCUUUUCUCCAGAGUUUUGCUCCUUCAUCUCGCAAUGUGUACAAAAAGAUCCAAGAGACAGAAAAUCAGCAAAGGAGCUUUUGGAACACAAGUUCGUGAACAUGUUUGAAGAUUCGAAUGUGAAUCUUUCGUCUUAUUUCACCGCCGCAGGAUCUUUGAUUCCUCCACUUGCUAACAGCUAG